ACACUCGCCAAUGAGGUAUACCAUAAGCUGAAGGCGGAAUUUCAUUGUAGUGCAUUUGUGCCGGUGUCUCAAAAGCCCAACAUUCCAAAACUUCUGAAUAGUUUAUUAACCCAACUUGGGUGUGGACAACCUUUUCAUGAUUGUGAAUUAAAUGUUCUUCUCGACCAACUCAGAGAAAACCUGAAAAACAAGAGGUACUUGGUUAUCAUCGAUGAUCUAUGGGAUGUAUCAGCAUGGAAUAUUAUUAAAUGUGUUUUCCCAGAAAAUAAUCUUGGUAGUAGAUUAAUAGUAACUACAAGAAUCAAGGCUUUGGCUGAGGCAUGUUGUUUCGGUCACCAUGAGCACAUUCUUGAAAUGAAACCUCUUAGUGAAGAAGAAUCAAGAAAAUUGUUUUUUGGUAGGAUAUCUGGCUCUGAAGAAGCUUGUUCAGGUCAACUCAGAGAUGUUUCAGUUCAGAUUCUCAAGAAGUGUGGUGGUUUGCCGCUUGCAAUCAUUAGCAUAUCCGGCCUAUUAGCAAGUGAAAGUUCCAACCAAAAGGAGAAGUGGAAAUAUGUACUGAAUUCGUUGGGGUCAGUGUCGGGCACAAAUCUCACCUUGGAAGCAAUGAGACAGAUCUUGAACCUUAGUUACAAAAAUCUUCCUCACCACCUCAAGACGUGCUUCUUGUAUCUUGGUAUGUUUCCAGAGGACUAUGAAAUAUUUAGGUUUGAUUUGUUAAGACUAUGGGUGUCUGAAGGUUUCGUUAGCAAAGCACGUGGACAAAGCCUAGAACAGACUGCGAUAAGUUAUUUCAAUGAGCUUGUCAACAUGAGCCUUAUUCAACCUGUACAGAUUAAAAGCGAUGGGUCAGUAGGAUCUUGCAAAGUACACGAUAUGUUGUUGUAUCUUAUCUUGUACAAGUCUGCAGAGGAGAAUUUUAUCACUGUUGUAGACAACCCAGAGGCCAUUACAGGACAACUUCAAAAGACCCGUCGGAUGCUCUUCAACUUGGACGGUGCAACAUUGCCAGGUGACGUUAGCAUGUCACAAGUGCGAUCAUUUGCAAAUUGGAGAGGCUCCCUGAAUAUACCUCCUCUGGUAGAAUUCAAGUAUCUUCGAGUUUUUAUUGCUGACUUUACUUCUAGUUCUGAAGAUGACAACCGGAAAAUCGACCUGACAGGACUGUGUAAGUUAUAUCAGCUGCGACAUAUAUGGAUUCGUGGCUGUAGUAAGUACCAGCUACCAACCCAAAUUAGUGGGUUACAGAUGUUGGAAACAUUCGAUAUAGAUGGGUCCUGUAUCCCAAUGGAUAUUUUUCUCCUGCCACAGUUGUUGAAUCUGCAUGUUCCAUUUGUUCAAAGGCUGCCCGAGGGCAUUGGUAAAAUGAGAUCCCUACAACAUCUGCAUAAGUUUAAUAUGCUGCACACCUCACUCGACAGUAUCAAGGGCCUAGGAGAGCUCACCAAUCUGCUCACUCUAUCUCUCAGAACCGGUUUCUCUGAAGACGUGGACAUGGAUGUUCUAAACUCUUCUUUGGCAAAACUGUGUGACCUCAAGUUCCUGGACAUAAUUUCACAUGCUGCUCCUUGGAUACCUGAGGCACUAACCUUGUCGCCU